AUGCCUACCGCUGGGCUCAAGACCAUCAUCGCCCUCUCCUUCGUUCUCGCUGUUGGGUUCCUUCUCGUCAUUCUCUCUUGCGCCCUUUGGAAGGUCUACUACCCGCUUCUCGUCGUAGCCACCUAUGUUCUGGCUCCGAUCCCCAACUGGAUCUGCUCCCGAUGCGCCAACCCCGAUGACUUUGUCGAGGGCUCCGGCGCUGCCGUGCUGGAUCUCGGCCGCUUUUGCACCGGAUUCCUGGUAGUCAUGGGAAUUGCCCUUCCCGUCGUCCUAGCCCACUCCAAUCUUAUUCAGGUCGAGGCCAUGGUCAUGUCAAUAAUUGGCGGUCUUCUCAUUUACGGAACCAUCAUCAGCUUCGGCAUGUUCUUUCAGGAGGAGCAGGAAUUCUGA